AGAAGACCCCGCAUUGUUUUCACAAACAUUUCCUAUUAGGAUCUCAGAAGGUGCUCCAGUCUGCAAAUUUCAGAUAGUUUGUGUUGGACGUAAACUUUUAACAAGAUGACUGAACAUACCAGGAACGAUGGCUUGAUUUUCUAUGUCAACGGGAAAAAGAUAAUGGAGAAGAACCCUGACCCAGAGGCAAUGUUGCUGUCCUAUGUCAGGCAGAAAUUACGGUUAACAGGCACCAAGAAUGGCUGUGGUGGAGGGGGGUGUGGAGCCUGUACAGUCAUGGUGUCCAGAUACGACCCUGAAAGCAAAACCAUCAAUCAUUUCUCCGUCAAUGCCUGCUUGCUUCCUGUAUGCCAACUUCACGGAGCAGCGGUGACAACGGUUGAAGGCAUUGGAAGCACAAAAAACAAAAUACACCCAGUCCAGGAACGUAUUGCAAAGGCUCAUGGUACUCAGUGUGGAUUCUGUACCCCUGGCAUGGUGAUGUCUAUGUACACAUUACUGAGAAAUAAUCCACAGCCAACCUUAGAAGAGAUAACCGAUGGUCUUGCUGGUAAUUUAUGCAGGUGCACAGGGUAUCGUCCUAUCGUUGAUGGCUUCAAAACCUUCUGUGAGAGUGAAAACUGUUGCCAAAAUGGAGCUGUAAAUGAAACCGCGUGCUGCAUGGCCAAUGGAAAUGGAUCUAAGGAGCCUAUGGAUAAUGGUAACCUCGAACUGUUUAGUAAAGAUGACCUGCUUCCUCUGGACCCCACUCAGGAUCUCAUCUUCCCCCCUGAACUCAUGUUAAUGGCAGAUAGUCUGGAUCAAACCACUCAGAAGUUUGUUGGAGAGAGAAUGACCUGGAUCUCCCCCGGAUCUCUGGAUGAGCUGCUCCAACUCAAGGCGGAUUACCCACAAGCACCUAUUGUCAUGGGCAACACCAAUAUAGGUCUGGACAUCAAGUUCAAGGGCAUCUUCCAUCCCAUUAUUAUAUCACCCACAAGAGUGCCAGAACUGUUCAAGGUUUCACAGAAACCAGAAGGUGUUUGUGUUGGUGCUGGGUGCAGUAUGUCAGUGCUGAAGAGUGUGUUGGAGAGAAAUUGUAGUUCUUUCCCUCAAGAGAAUACACACAUGUUCAGAGCUCUACUGCAGCAGAUAAAUCUCGUGGGAGGACAGCCAAUCCGAAACGUGGCAACACUGGGUGGGAACAUUGCCAGUGCAUAUCCAAAUUCGGACCUGACCCCUGUCCUAGCUGCAGGGAGAUGCACUCUAGUGGCUCUGUCCAAAGAGGGGCGAAGGAGGGUGCCCAUCGAUAAAGAUUUUUUCCUUGGAUUUGCAAAGACUGCUCUAAAACCAGAUGAGAUUGUGCUGUCUGUUUUCAUUCCGGCUUCGAGAAAGGAUGAGAUUGUACAAGCAUUUCGUCACGCCCCACGUAAAGAGAAUGCUCUAGCUACGGUGAACGCUGGGAUGCGCGUUUGGUUCAUCGAGAAUUCAAAUGUGGUGAAAGAGAUCAGUAUUUAUUACGGAGGAGUUGGACCAACCAUCCUCAGUGCAGACCAAGCAUGUGAACAGAUUGUAGGAAGGCCUUGGGAGGAGACGACUUUAAAUGAUGCAUAUGGGAUGCUGGUUGAUGAUAUCAGCCUUGGUGCGUCUGCUCCAGGUGGAAAAGUGGAAUUCCGCAGAUCUCUGACCCUCAGUUUGCUCUUUAAAUUCAACCUGCAUGUCCUUCAGUACCUGAAGGAGAAGGAUGUGACUCUAAGUGAAAUACCCAAAGAGAUGCAAAGUGCAAUCCAACCUCUUCCCAAACACAUUCAUCCCAGCUACCAGGAGUUUCAGAAUGUUUUGGAGAAUCAGCCUGUACAAGAUCCAGUGGGUCGACCUGUAAUGCACCGCACGGCUCUGAGUCAGGCUACAGGAGAAGCUGUGUACUGUGAUGACCUGCCACACACUGAUUGUGAACUAUUCCUAGGGAUUGUAACAAGCUCCAGACCACACGCUAAGAUCACUCACAUUGACUUCAGUGAAGCUCUGAAUCUUCCUGGUGUGGUUGAUGUUGUCACUGCUAAAGACAUACCCGGCAAAAAAUUCAGAACCUUCACAGGCUUUGAUGAAGAGCUGCUGGCCGAACAUGAGGUGAGCUGUGUGGGUCAGAUGGUUUGCGCCGUGGUUGCUGAUUCCAAAGCUCAUGCUAAACGUGGAGCAGCUGCAGUGAAGAUCGGCUACGAGGACCUUCAGGAUCGUAUUUUUACUUUCGAGGAGGCAAUAGAGAAACAGUCUUUUUUUCUGCCCCGGAGGACGAUUGAAAGAGGAAAUGUGGAAAAGGGGUUGGAAGAGGCAGAACAAGUGCAUGAAGGAGAGAUUCGGAUCGGAGGACAGGAACAUUUCUAUUUGGAAACGCAGAGUUUUCUGGUUAUUCCAGUUGGGGAAGAGAAGGAGAUGAAAGUUUAUUUGUCUACGCAACAUCCUGCAUUUGCACAGGAAGCAGUCGCUGAGACUUUGAACAUUCCGUCCAAUCGCGUUUCUUGUCACGUUAAACGACUGGGCGGGGCCUUUGGUGGCAAAGUCACCAAAACGUCUAUUUUAGCCUCCAUCACUGCCGUUGCUGCAUGGAAGACUGGACGGCCAGUACGAUGUGUUUUGGAAAGAGGAGAGGAUAUGCUGAUAACAGGAGGGCGCCACCCAGUGUGGGGAAAAUAUAAGGUUGGAUUUACGAAGGACGGAAGAAUAACCGCCGCUGAUUUUCAAUACUAUGCCAACUCCGGGAAUACAGCGGAUGAAUCUGUACUGGUUGUUGAGAAAAUUCUCCUACAUCUUGAUAAUGCCUACAAUAUUCCAAACCUGCGUGGCAAAUCAGCAGCCUGCAAGACCAACCUGCCCUCCAAUACGGCGUUUAGAGGGUUCGGUGUACCGCAGUGCAUGCUGGUCGUUGAGAAUAUGAUCAGUGAUGUGGCUCUUAAACUCGGACGUCUGCCUGAAGAGAUCAGGGAGAUAAACAUGUACAAGGAAGUUUCCCUGACUCACUAUAAGAUGGAGUUUGACCCAGAGAAUCUUGUCCGUUGUUGGGAUGACUGUAAGGAGAAAGCCGAGUUCCAGCGCCGGCGACAGGCCAUUGAUAUGUUUAACCAGCAGAAUCAGUACAAAAAGAGAGGAAUCGCCAUAAUACCCAUUAAAUAUGGCGUUGGCUUUUCAGAGGGCUUUCUCAAUCAGGCCGCUGCUCUUGUGCAUAUUUAUAAGGAUGGAUCUGUACUUGUAAGUCAUGGUGGGGCAGAAAUGGGCCAAGGCAUACACACUAAAAUCCAACAGGUGGCAAGUCGAGAGCUGAAUAUCCCAGCUUCCCUUAUCCAUAUCUCAGAAACUAGCACAGAAUGUGUCCCAAACACUUGCCCAUCUGCUGCAUCCUUUGGUACCGACGCCAACGGAAUGGCUGUGCAGGAUGCCUGUCAAAUACUGUACAAAAGACUUGAGCCAAUCAGAAAGAAGAAUCCUAAUGGGACAUGGCAGAACUGGGUAAUGACUGCAUUUUUGGAGAAGAUCAGUCUGUCAGCCACAGGAUAUUAUAGAGGUCAUGAUCUGGACAUGGACUGGGAGAAACAGGAAGGGAAGCCGUAUGCUUAUUUCACAUAUGCAGUGUGCUGCAGUGAAGUGGAGCUGGACUGUUUGACUGGAGAGUAUAGAACUUUAAGGACGGACAUUGUUGUUGAUGUCGGAAGAAGCAUAAAUCCAUCCAUUGAUAUUGGCCAGAUUGAGGGAGCGUUCAUGCAGGGUUUGGGUCUCUACACAAUGGAGGAAAUUAAGUUCUCUCCGUCUGGUGUUCUGUACACACGAGGUCCAGGCCAGUACAAGAUCCCAGCGUUCUGCGAUGUUCCUCUGAAGUUUAACGUCUACCUGUUAGCCGGCUCCUCCAACCCACUUGCCAUCUACUCCUCAAAGGGGAUCGGAGAACCUGCCGUGUUCCUGGGUAGUUCUGUAUUCUUUGCUAUUAAAGACGCUUUGACCGCAGCCCGCAAAGAUGCAGGAUUAAGUGGCCCUUUCAUCCUGAACAGCCCUGCCACUCCAGAGCGAGCAUGUCUGGCAUGUGCCACGCGCUUCACAAAGAUGGUUUCACAGAGUGAAUCAAGAUCAACUUCUGGAUCAGCUCAGCCAUGGGCUCUGGACAUAUGAAAUCUUCAUCAUCAUAAUCGUAUAUUACCAUAUUACACUUUCAUCAGACUUAAAACUUAAGAUCUUUGUUUUCAUUAAAAUUCACAAGAAUUAUGAUUUCAUAAUCUUACAGUUUAACAAAUUAUUACUGAAUAAUCCUUAUUAAUUGAAAAACCACAAAAUGUAAUCACAUACAUCAAAUUACAGAUUUAUUACUAACAUGUGAAU